CUACGAGCCAGCAACAUGCCUCCGAAUCCGGACCGUGCUAUGAAUCAGAUGUGUCCACUGAGUCAUUACUGGCCUCCAAGUCAAGACCUGCCUCUGAGUCAGAACCUGCCUCCGAGUCAAAACCUGCCUCCGAGUCAAGGCCUGCCUCUGAGUCAGGACUGUCCUUUUUCAGGACCAGCGCCUGACCAACACAGACGUGUAACUGUUAAAUCAAAUCCUGGAUUUCUGGAGCGUCUGAGUGAAACGGCAGGAGGAACAGUCGUCGGCGUUGGUCUGUUUUUCCUCUCCAUCUACGUUCUCUUCACUAAUGAGGGUCGAGCUUUGCAAACGGCCCGUUCUCUGGAUGAAGGUCUCUCUCAGGUGAAGUCGCUGGACUCUUAUCCAAUCCUCGACCUGCAGAACAACAACCGCUUAGUUCAUCUAUCUGCACAGCUGCAAACCCUGACGCCCCUCCAUGACCCCAGCUACAGGGUGGUGGUCCAGGCCGUGAAGCUGCGGCGGCAGGUGGAGAUGUACCAGUGGGUGGAGCAUAGUGAGAGCAGGGAUUACCAAGAGAAUGGAGAAACCAAGACUGAGACGACCUACACCUACAACACGGAGUGGAAGUCAGAGGUGGUCAACAGUCGUAACUUCGAUAAGGAAAUCGGCCACCAGAACCCGAGCGCCAUGCCGGUGGAGAGUGUGACGGUGGUGGCUCAGGAAGUCCGAGUGGGACCUUUGAUUCUGUCCAAAGGCCUGGUGGAGCGGAUCAAUGACUUCCAGACUCUCAGACUGAAGGAUCUCUCAGCCUUCGAUGUGGAUCCUUUCCUCUCCGUCCAUGAUGAUUACUUCUAUCACACUCAGUUCCCGCUCCGGCCACAGGUCGGGGACGUCCGAGUGAGGUUCUCCUUUGCUGGACUGAGUGGUGAGAACAGUCCCCUCGGCCCGCCGCUAACUGUGAGCAUCGUAGCCAUGCAGAGAGGAGAGAAAUUGCUGCCCUUUAAGACAAAGUCUGGAGAUUUUCUGGAAAUCAUCUACCUGGAGGAGCUCACUGCAGAGGAAGUGUUUGCCAAGGAGCAUCAGUACAACACAAUGAAGACGUGGGGCCUGAGGGCUGCAGGCUGGUUCCUCAUGUUCGUUAGUAUUCAGCUGACCACACGCAUCCUCUACACUCUGGUGGAUUGGGUUCCUCUCCUCAGAGAUCUGGUGUCUUUCGGCCUGAAGAUCUUCGCCCUGUGCCUCUCCUGCUCGCUCUCGCUCCUCGUCAUCGGAGUCGGUUGGCUUUUCUACAGGCCGUUGGUGGCGGCCGGUCUGGGAGCCCUCGCUCUGCUUCCAGUGUUUCUGGCUCGUUCAGGCCUUCCCCAGAAGAAGAACGAAUGACUAUCGCAGUGACGAUUCGACUUGGGUUCAGCUUGACUGCAGCUGUGCAGCAGAAAACUCAAUGAGUUUUUUCAUUUUGCCACAGCUACAACUUCAAAAUGAGUCUCACAGAAACAGACGGAGGAGUUUGUUGCCUUCACUGAUCAUUAAUCUGCGCCGUGAAGCACAUCACUCUGCCAAAUAAGACGGGCCCUGCUUUGAGUGUCAACACAACUCAGCAGGCUGGUGUUUAAUUAUUUCACUUGGUGGUUGAUGUGGCUUUGUAUUUCACUCAUUCAUGGACGCAUACAACAGACUUUAACUAGAAUGGGCUUCAUAUCCAUUAUUUUAUGGCCAAAUUUAAUACUAAACUCAGACUAAAAUUGUCUCAUUUCAGUCCAUUUUGUUUUUUUCCCCAGCAGUAUAACUACUAAAGCUUAAUUUGAAAUUUCUGCUGAUAUUUCUAUAAAUAUCUGACAGUUGCAAAGAACCUAAACUGUAAGAAUGGCUGAAUGGAUGCAUAAGACAUGCAUAGGAAAAGCCGGAAGUAUUAAAUAUUCUUUACUCAUCCAGACUUGGAGGAGUAUGAAAAACAUUAAAGUUUCCUCCAGACAUACCGAUAAUGUUACGGCUUGUUAAGAGGAUUUACUUUGUGUUGCUUUUCAACUGGAUCACAUGCAGAAUAUCUAUGAAAACAUGGGGGAUAGACAAACUAAAUGUUUACACUCGUAUGCCACAUUUAUAAAUUGAAUUGUUUUCAGGGAUGGGAUUAGAUUAGUUCAUGUCUGUGUUUAUGGAAGUUGGUCUUAUAAUUGGGUGUCUUUUAAAGAUGCAGAAUUUUUCUUGAAUCAUAAAACGUAGAUGGUACAAUUUUCCAUUUUUCUAUUUUUUUGGGUUUCUCUGGUGCAAGUCUGAUAAUCAGGGAAGAAAUUAGUCUUCAAAAGUAAGAAGCUUCUCCAUUUGCAUCUAUGUAGCAAAAUGUGAAGUGUUACUUUGUGUGCUUGUUGACUGUGUACCCAAUUUAUAAACUGCAAAAAUAUAAUGGUGGAGGGGGGAACCAACUUGAAGUAAACAAUGGGCACAAUACAGGUCACUUGUAAAUGCAUGUUGAAUAAAUCCUUUUGGAUGUUUGAUAAAAGCCUGAACAGAU